AUGACACUCCAUUUCUCAGGCCCUUUAGCGUCCAGUGGCUUUGAGCCACCUGGGACAGAACCCAGGGCCGAAUAUGAGCAGGAGGGGAAAGGGGCCUCCAAGUGUGUACUGGAAACGACCAACGAACGGGGCUGCCAUCUUCCCUCCAUUUCAAGAGCGGCCGGCCCUGGAGAGGUAGAGAAGGUUCCAGAGAAGAGAGACUUGGGCAUGACCAAAGUGGAGAGAGAUACAGUUGAGUUUUGUGCUAAGCAUCAUGAUUUUCUAGAAUCUAAGGGAUGCUUGGCCAAUAGGAUAUCCUCUGACAGAAGGAUCAGCCCCUCAUCUUCCAAUGAAGCAGGUUGGAGUGUCACUGAGCCUCAAGGCCUCGCCAGAGCAUUACCUUACUUUGACAUGGCUGCAGAUUUGGGUCAGAAGUCGUCACAGUCACAUUCUGAUUGCUCCCCUGAAACCUCAUUGCCUGAAGUCCAGAAGGGAAAGUACCCAGAGGAAUUCAGCUUGCUUAAGUUGCAGACAAAAGAUGGGCAGCGUCCUGAGUGGACAUUUUAUCCAAGGUUUAGCAGCAAUAUCCACACCUACCAUAUCGGAAAGCAGUGCUUCUUCAAUGGAGUCUUCCAGGGCAACAGGAGUUCUGUGUCAGAGAGGACAGUUGAUAAGAGCCUUGGGAAGAAGAAAUAUGAUAUUGAUACCAGAAAUGGAAUUCCAAAGUUAACCCCAGGGGAUAAUCCAUAUAGGUCCCCAGAACAGAGUAAAGAAUUCUACAAAGCAGGAGCGACUCUGCCACCCGUCAACUUUUCACUGGUACCUUAUAAGAAGAAAUUUGAUACAUUUAUUCCACUUGAACCACUUCCACAAAUUUCCAAUUUGCCUUUCUGGGAGAAGGAGAAGGCCAACAAUUUGAAGAAUGAGAUACAAGAAGUCCAGGAGCUUGACAACUGGCAGGCCAAGGCACCCUUAGUACACAGCUUAUUCUCUGGUGUUUCCAACAUUCCAAGACAAUCCUGAGCAGAAACAAGCAUGUGCUACUGCCUCCAGCCAGCCUCUGCCAGUUGCUGGGUUAUUAUCAUUAUUUUUGACAGUGUCCCAGUCCUAUACCAAUUGUUUGACUCUAAUGAGGAAUCCCUGUUUAACUCUCUACUUCGAAAACCUCUAAAACUUGUAUAAAAGUUGUAUGAAUCAUAAA